GAAAAAAUUUGACCGAUAGUGUAGGUAAUAAUCAUAUUGUAUUCAAUAGGUGGUCGUCAUCUUUUCCUUUUUGCCUCUUCUUCCCUUAACAACUAUCUUUUCACCCAGUCCGGAUAUAUACCCUAUCAAACGUAGUCUUUUUGCUCUGUCCAUAUAUCCCACUGCGUUCUUUCUUCUUCUCCACCUAUUUUGCUUCUGCGCUCCUCCAAAAAUGCUCCUUAAUACCUUUCUCUUCCAUAUGUUCAUUUCGCUUACUUCUUUUUUGUUCAUAAUCUAACACUCACUGUGAUAAAGCACCGUCGAUUGUAUAACUAUCUUCUAAACGCAUAACUUGGCGACACUUGAAAUAUAUUUUAGUUUUAUCGUCAAUUUCACCUCCUUCGUUAAUCACAGCUACUGCCAGGUAUUCAAACUCCUGGACAUUAACAAAUAUAAACUCCCUGUUUUGUUCUGUCGUCACUUUUUAUUGGUUGAAGUAAUUCCAAUUCCUUCUUCUUCCUCUCCAUAUAUUUAGUUUUCUUCAUUUAUGUGUAGUUUAUAUUUAUGUUCUUAUGUCUGUAUUUUUCGUAGAUUGUCCCUGCUUUAACAUUUGACGGCUUUACCCACGUUAGUAUCUGGAUUUCCGUUGAUUUUAUCCGUUCCUGUAAUUAAAUGAUGGGUUGUUGGAACAAUUGUCAAUUUGAACAUAUUUAACACUUUCGCUAACCUAACCAUGUUCAGAUUUUGUCCAAUUAUGUAUUCUUCAGGAUUCAGAAAAGAAUCUUUGCUGCGAUACCAUCUAUUUUUCCAAAAUUAGGUCUAUCUCACAUUCUUUUCAGUUCGCAAAUAUUGCAAUCACUUUUUCACUAAAAUUGUCUUUCAAAUAUAAAUUUGUAUUCCACAGAUAGCAUGGAAAGAUCUUCGUUCAUUAUAUUUCCAAGAGACGUUUUGAUACGAUUUAGCGUUGAAAAACGUCGUUUGGUUCUGUUGUAAUCCAGAAUGAAAAUUUAGUCCAAGGAAUAUGCAACUCCUAUCGAAAGUAUUAGUUUCAUCUUGUCCGCGAGAAGCCAUUUCUGACGUCUUUAUGAGCUUCUCUCAAAUCUAUCUACAUAAAAUAUCAGUUUCACUUUCUCGUAGAUAUUUUUCAGUAUAGUCGGUUUCCGUCCCAAUUUCGCUAUGAUGAAAAUUGACGUCUGACAGCUCAAUACGCUGUUUACAGUACCACCACACCAACACUCACAAUGACACUAUCUGACACGUUUGAUAACCAAGUUAUCAUCUUCAGAGACUCAAAGGAAACUGUAUACUGCCUUUUUAAAGUUUUAUUCCAUUUAUUAUUCAAUUUAGUAACCGGUUUUAUUUAGGGAUUCCAAUGGAUUAAUUUUUUGUGUAAUGUUGUUGUUUAUCUAUACUUUUAAAUGAUUCACUGAUUAUAAAAAUUGAAUUUUGUAAUGCGGACCUGGACAAGUUGUUUAUUAUUCAAUUCGCGUCUUUUAUAUCUUUUUGUAAAGAUAAAAUGUUCUCUAUUUGAAGACCGGCAGUAUGUUGUAGAUAUUUGUUAUACAAACUUUCUCCUGGAAAAAGGUCUCUUGAUGUUUGCGAUGAUGGAAGUGGGGAAAAUUUAUGGAAACUGAAAUUAAUUAUUUUCUCUGAUUUCUUAUAUGAAACACCCUGUAUUUUAUUAUUGUAAUAAUCCACUAGGAAAUCAAAUAUAGGGGCUCUAUCAAAAACUAAUUAAGCGAAUAUUUUUUCUAUGCUAGAUAUUAUAUUUUUUUUAAUUAUUAUAUAGGAACAAUAUAUGAACUAAACGUUAUGUCAUAUCCCUUUAAAAAAUUAUAAAUGACCGUUUGCGUUUAUAGAACUGGUAAUAAUUUACUUUUAACUAGUGUGGAAAUUGUGAAAUUAAUACCGAAGAAAAAGAAAUUGUCUUUGAAUUUGUGCAGCAUCAUUGUUUAUUUCAAAUAUUUUAGACCACCCGCAUUUCUGAAACAGUUUAAAAAAGAAGAAGAAAACGACACAAAUUUGUAGUGUUUUUUGGAUGUUUGUUGAUGUCAUUUUUAUAUUUUAUUUGCUUGUAAAUGUUUUGGUCAAAUAGAUUUGUGUUUAUGUGAAUAAAGUAUUAUUUCAUUUUUAUUAAAUCGUGUUAAAUAUGGAAACAUUAGAAACAGAAAAUUUCGAUAUACAAGAAUUGUACCAUCAAAAAUUUAAUGAAGAUUGUUCGAACAAUACCGAAAAGCCAUUUAAAUGUGGAAUUUGCGGACAUUGCACUACAUCUAAUGUUUUACUUAAAGUUCAUAUGAAAAUGCAUUUAAUGAGGAGACAACAUUGGUGCUCAAUAUGUAAACAAUCUUUUAAUUUUAUUAGUGAAUUAAAUAAUCAUAUGGCUCAACAUAAUACACAAAACUUGGAUCAAACGAUUCAAAGCGAUAAAAAACAAAAAGGUAUACAAGAAACAGACAAACCUACAAAGCAAUUUCAAAAUACAAGUCAACAGGUGCCUUUGUGUGAAAAAGAGAAAUAUCUAUUAAUAAAGUAUGUAGAAAAACUUGGUCUGAAUUUAAAAUACAAGGAACUAGAAAAAAUAAAAUUUUUCCUACGUAAUGGUUGGGCUAAAAUGGUGGAAUUAUUUGCAGAAAAUAAUUUUGAUCGCAAUCCCGAUAAACUAGCUAGAACUUACUUCCAUAUGAAAAAUCAAGCAAAGAUGCAUAUAGAACGAUAUUAUGUCAAUAACAAAUUACCAAAACCUACAAAAUUAGAUUAUUUUUUUAUUAAAUUGUGUCCUGGAGAGUUUGAAAGCUUAGGAUUAGAUUUCAAGAAACUGCAGGAAGAUGGUAAAAUAAACGAAGAUAAUGUUAUGAAAAAUGAUGAUAAAUAUAACUUGACUACAGAUGAAAUACAUAUAAAAGAUGAAUUUAAUGAGAACUAUCUUUCGAAUGUGUCGUCCAUGGAUGAUACUAACAAUUUUUUACUUGUAUCCGAACCAUCAACAUCUAAACGAACCUUCUUUGAAGAUGACAAGAAAGAAGAAACACCAAAUAAAAUUAAAAAAGUUCAUUGUGAAGGUGAAUGCUUUAAAUCACUUCAAAUGAAAUUUUUAAGCUCCGAAGAGGAGAGAAAAGAGGAACUACAUAAAUUAGAAAUGAAAAAGUUGGAAUCAGAAAUAAAUUUUAAAGAAGAAAUUUAUAAAAAGGAAAUAGAACUGAAGAAUUUGGAAAUAUUACUAUUGAAACAGAAACUUCUUAAACAAGAUUAAUUAUUAAGUGUUAAACUGUAACAUGCCAUUCAGCCUGCUCUAUUUUUCUUCAAAAAUUUCAAUAAUUCCUUUAUUUACCAAUUGUGUCUCGAUAUCACUUCCAUUUGAACUAAAGGGUGUCUCAAAAUUAACGCAAGAUUUAAAUAUGUCGCCAUUUAUAUAGUAAAAUGUUGACAACUCGAAAAAACGAAUUGACAGAUGAUGACGGUCUACUUCAAUUCCGUCAACUGUGAAUGGAAUACUUCCGGGAAAUAGAAUUCGAUGGAAUAUCAAAUCACUACUUGAAGCAAAAGUGUGGCAAAACGAAUGAAAAACAUCGAAACCGGAAGUGAAACCCUGAUCGCAGUCAUUCGGCGGAAGUUACACUCCAAUUUAAAUUAACUAGGUUACAAAUAUGCCAGAUUAACUGACCUUUCCCACGGUUAUUUAAUUACCAAAGAAUUUAUCGAUUCUAAUCGUUAAUUACCCCAGUGGUAGAUGCGACCUACCAAAAUAAAAAAAAAGGAUCCGUUUGAGGUCGUUCAAAUGUCAAUAUCGAAGCAGAGUGUGAGAUUUUUCGAGCAAAAUCAUCCUAAGCCUUGAUGGCUUUGUUAAUCCCCAAAAUUCCAGCUUUUGGAGUUCCGAAAAUCCACAUGUGAUUUUCGAAAAACAAAUGCAUCUAUAACGAGUAACUGUUUGGUGUGCGUUUUGGACUGGAGGCUUUCUCAAUGACCGAUCUAUCCAGGUCGCUAUCGAUGGACACACCUCACAAGGUUUGAGGUGUUCCCAAGGUACGCAUCUUAUCACCUACUCCUAUCACCUAAUUUUUGGUUUUAUCUCUCUGCCAGUUUGCUGUAAAUGAUAUCUAGAUGUCAGUUCUGCUCUAACUUCGUAAAAAUCGUGAUAUUUUUUGGCGGGUGCCAAAAAAUUGCAUUUUAAUCAAUUUCAAAUCAGAUGAAAAGGUUUUUUUACUGACAUUGGACGGACUUUGCUUUUCAUCAUUGUUACUUUCUUCAUAUUCUUCGUCCGAGUUUUCAGAAACAACUGUUGGAGGUUCAAAAAUAUCGUCAUCCUCAUCACUGUCGGCCUCAAAAUCGGUUCCAAUUUCGUCAAACAGAUCGUAGAUUUUGUCUGGAUUCAUACUAGCGUUAGGUAUUCUCAUUUUUCUCCAUUUUGUUUAUGUUAAGUCCUGGACGUUACAAAUAUGACACUCAUUCCAAACAACAACAUUAAAAACUAACCUCGAGAGAAUUUUUAGCAUUUUUAUUGUAAAAUCUUUAGUACUAUGCCUAUUCUAAAUAAUUAAGUUUCAAUACUUACGAUUUUUUGCCGUUGUAGGACUCAAACAUUGUGAAGAGAAACUUUUCGUUUUAACUAGUUAAAAUGGGUGUAGCAGAUCUGUCGCAUGGGAGUCGAAGAGUAAAAGCAAUUAUAGAGCCUAUCGAUAAGACUUCCACGAUUUAGUCCGGCCUCUGGCAGGGGUUCCCGUAGCCCUUUAUGGGUCGCCACGAAAAAAUGAUUGAUAUCUAUGUUUUUAGGUCCGGAGAAUCGAUUUUUGGGGGUUGCGAGUACGGCACUCUGGUCAGUUUUUUGUUAUUAACAAAACAUUAACAAUUUAAUUGUUUAAACGGUCAUAAUUUAUUAUCUACAAUAGUUACAGAGUUUCUGAUGAAACAUUCUAGUUGAAAAUCUUCUAAUGAAUAUUUCCGUUUUUAAAUUUUGAGAAAAUAUUUAUUAGAACCAAAGUUAUAGGUAAAGUAGUGUAAAAAAAUGAAAAAUGCGCUGAUUUCUUUUUCAAUCGGUCGUAUUUCGGCCUGGGCAAAUUCAAUUGAGACUUUUGAGGAUCCAUUUAAAAAAAAAAGGUUUUUCCUUCAAAACGAUCCCUCAUACGAACAUUUUCGAGUAUUUGGAAAAGUUUUAUAGCUCUGGAAAGACAAAAUUUUAAUAGGAAAAUUACACUUUUAUUUGCUUAUAGGCCAUUCGUGCAAAGAAGAACAUUUUCGAAAAAAAAAUAUCGUAAAAGACAACUUUCAAGCCCUCACUUGAAAUUCCAGGACAAUUGGUUAAUAAACUACAACCGAUUUUCGGAGCAAGGCCGGUUGCCGUCCUAUGCGGGCACCGCGGCGCGCUGCCGCACGUGAUUCUACGAAGCUUACAAUCUAAAGGUGAUAUCAGACGGUUAACUUGUUUUUAAUUUCUGCCUUUCAUUCGGCAUCUUUCGUUUAAAAUGAAACGUCUAGGCAUUAAUUGAAUCAAAAGUGAUAAAUGAAUUUAUUAGUGAACCAAUCCAGUGAUGUUGGAUUUCGGCAUUCGGUAUCAAUCACUCGCACUCCGAAUGAACAAAAAAUGAAACGUAUGAACACGAAGAGAACGUUCACUCGAGUUCGUUUGACGACAUAUUCGAGGAAAUGAAUAAAGUUCAUUUUUUUGUCAUUUUGUGUGUGUCUUGUAAGCGUAGAAUGAAAAAAAGAGAACAUUCAUCUGAAUGAACUGAAAUGUGAACCGUCUGAUAUCACCUUAAGCGACCGUUUUCCUUGGCAGUCUGUAGCUUAAAUAUUUCACCAAAUAUCAAUUAAACAACACUUGUUAGUUGC